AUGACUAAAGGUAACGGAGAAGAUCCAAAACCUGGAAGUAGGAUGGAGCGCAUUCAACAAGGAGUCCGGAAACGUACACUUUUGGCAAAAAAAAAAGUGCAGAGCAUAACAAAGGAUGAUGUUAAAAGUUAUUUAUUGAGGAACGCCUUUGUGCUCUUCACCGUUGUUGCUGUGAUUCUCGGUGUAAUCCUUGGAUUCUCUCUCCGAUCAUAUAAGAUGAGCUAUCGAGAAGUCAAGUACUUUUCAUUUCCAGGAGAACUGCUCAUGAGAAUGCUGCAAAUGCUGGUCUUGCCACUGAUUGUAUCCAGUUUAGUCACAGGAAUUGCUGCCCUGGAUAGUAAAGCAUCAGGGAAGAUGGGAGUUCGAGCAGUAGUCUACUACAUGAGUACUACAAUCAUUGCUGUACUGAUUGGUAUAAUCAUUGUGGUCAUCAUCCACCCUGGGAAAGGUACUAAAGAAAACAUGCACCGAGAAGGCAAAAUUGUGCAAGUGACAGCAGCAGAUGCCUUUCUUGAUUUAAUCAGAAAUAUGUUCCCUCCAAAUCUGGUGGAAGCUUGCUUUAAGCAGGUAAAAAGGCUUUGUUAUUUCCAACUAAAACAUGUCAAA